UUUUUGUUCUGAUAAUAUGUAACUACAGUACCUGAGCCUCCUGAGGUAGGUACUAUGGACCUACAUAGUACAUAUGUAAUGUAUGAGGAUCAAUCUUCCCUUAUCUGGUUUUACAUAUCAGAUUUGUUAAGGUACAACUUAUCAACCAAGGUUACCAAUAAACACGGCUCAAGAGCCUCAAAUAGUUUGGGAAUCUCAACAUUGAAACAUCGAAAAGUUCAAGUUACAAAGUACAUUGAUACGAAUGUUUUUAUUACCUUUGUUGUUGAGCUUUUAACAGGUCAUGUGGUUUCACGUUCUUGGUUGUUGCUAGCGUUACGAGUAAACAUUUGUGCACUAGAAUCUGCAUUCCAAGCAUCCCCAUAGCAUCUCUACGACUGCAAACUUUCAUGGACCAAAUCCAUCAUCUCAGUCUCAUAUGCCAAUAAAGACUAGUCUUGCCCGAGCGCGCCAGCGGACUGUGUUUAAACGGAAGAACAUGGCUUCCAACGUGCUCCCUCCUGGCCCCGCCGACGACACAUCUCACUUGUCCUCUCAGCCCGACUCAUCAACUCACACAAGUCAGGCACCCCCAAUGAUCCCAGAUCUCCACACCAGCUGGCCCCCUAUUCGGGAUGAACUACAAAGCAACACAUCUAUGUUUCAGGAUGCCACCGUGAAGGAAUGCCUACCUUUCUUGUCUGCCAUAAUGGAUAAUGUACCCUUCAACCAGUAUGGCGUGCCUCGUCUAGAUCGAGAACGGCAUAUACGCUUCUUGCGCAAGAAUCUGAAGCGGCUGCCAUCUCCAUACGUAGCCCUAGAUGCAAGCAGACCAUGGGUUUUCUACUGGUGCCUUAACGGCCUAUCCAUUUUGGGCGCCGACGUGUCUGACUACCGCUACGACCUCAUCGAGACAGCACGUUCCAUGCAAAAUAGCACCGGUGGAUUUGGAGGCGGCUUUGGUCAGCUAUCACAUCUAGCCUGCACGUAUGCCAUAGUCUUAGCUCUAUCCAUUGUCGGCGGAGAAGCGGCAUAUGAGGUCAUCGACCGAAGAGCUCUCUGGAAAUGGCUUUGUGCCUUGAAGCAACCAAGCGGGGGAUUUCGGAUGGCUGUCGGAGGUGAAGUCGACAUAAGGGGGGCUUAUUGCGCAGCUGUCUUGAUUACCUUGCUCAAUCUUCCCCUAGAUUUGCCGCCUAACUCUCCAGCAUGGACAGCAGACCAACCAACCUUAUUCACGGGUCUAGCAGACUUUGUAAAACGAUGCCAAUCCUUCGAGGGUGGGAUCUCAGCUCAACCAGGUGGUGAGGCACAUGGUGCUUACGCCUUCUGUGCCCUAGGCUGCCUUGCAAUUCUCGGUGCUCCGCACCGUACCUUCGCCAGCUCCCUCGACGUCCCCCGGCUCAUCUCUUGGCUCUCGUCACGGCAAUAUGCUCCAGAGGGCGGAUUUGGUGGCCGCACAAAUAAGUUGGUCGAUGGAUGCUACAGCCACUGGGUCGGCUGUUGUUGGCCGCUGGUUGAGGCCAGUCUCGCCGGGCCGUCCAGUCUCAUGUUCGACGUAAACAAAAAUAAUAACUCGGACAUGGAUCUCCAUAAUUUUUAUAGUCGCGAAGGGAUCAUCCGUUAUAUAUUUUGUUGUGCACAGGACCAAUCAAGAAGGGGUGGCAUGAGAGACAAGCCAAGCAAAACUUCCGACCCGUAUCAUACUUGCUACGUACUCAGCGGGUUAUCCUCAGCUCAGCAUGUAACGCGUUUGCUUGCCUCCGAUGGUGAAGGUAUGAUGACGCAUUCGCAAUAUGACGUCUCGCCGUACAAAGAAGAGCCCCAGAUUUAUGAUGAAGAAGACAGAGUCAACCCAACUGAUCCUGUCUAUUUCAUACCUGAGGGGAAACGGAAAGAGAUCAUGUCGUAUUUCCUAUCGAAGCCGGGGUUUUGACCCGCUUGUGGCCGCAUAUCAAGAGGCCAAUAUCCGACACUGCGCCGGACCAAUACGAGACAGGCUGAGAAUCUCCCUCACAAUCCUACGAUGCUCCGAUCCUCUAUCCGCAAAUAUGGGUGUCAGCAUCAUGGCUCUUCACGUGUCGAGCUAUUUAACAUAAUUCCAAUGCUAAGCUUUGUAAAGUUGUUCAAUAUCUUCCUCGGCUGAGACGGGUUGACCCGUAGACCUGCCUCCAUAAAAGGGGUGGUGUCGAGUGCGUAGGAAACUCAAAGCAUGUGGCUAAUGGAUGCGCCCCUAUCCUUACUGGACGGUGUGCCUCCGCAGUUACACAUCAAGACAGUGCAGCGAGAAGCUCGUCUGCCAAUAUUGGCUCACUCAUCGCACAGGAAGGGUCCGUAAACUAUGACUAUACCCUUUUCACUCCCUUCUACAGGACGUGUUAUGCACUUUGCAAUCAGCAGCUAGACCUAUACCUGUAAUACAAAAGGUUCAUCAAGCAAAUCCGCCCGAGUGACGUGAAACAGAACCAGCUAGAGGGAUUCCAUUG